AUGGCGUCGCGUCGACUUCUCCGAGCAGCCUCGGCCGGCGACAUCGACGCAGUCGAUGCGUUGAUCCGCGAGGGCGCGGACCCUGGAUUCCAGGACCGCAAGGGGACGACGCCUUUGAUGCUGGCGUGUGAGCACGGACAUGUGGACGUCGUCCGCAGCCUUCUCGCCGCGGGAGCACCGUGGAACGAGCUGGACAACGAGGGGCACUGCGCGGGAGAGUACGCCAGCGCGGGAGGCCACGCCGAGCUCACCGACGCGCUCAUCGACCACGCGGUGAGCGCGGAGAUGGUGCUCGGCGCCGUCAGCCGCGCUCGCCCCCGGGAGGCCGACCUGACGUACCUAUCCCAACCCGUGCGGUACGACGGGGACGAUAAGCUGCUGGACACCGAGAACGACGCGGUGAUGAUGGACUGGGAGGCGCCCUUGAUGCGAAUCCACGCCCAGGUCAUGUGCGCGGGUAAGGGGGACACGCUCAACGUCGGGUUUGGCAUGGGCAUCAUCGACGGGUACGUGGUGAACGAGAACGAGACGCGAUCGCACACCAUCAUAGAGGCGCACCCGGACGUUCACGCGCACAUGCUCCGGCGUGGGUGGGACGCGAAGAGAGGGGUGCGCGUGGAGUUCGGCCGGUGGCAGGAGGUGUUGGACAGGAUAAUCAGGGAGAACGAGUCGCUGCCGGAUGGCGAGAAGCGACUCUUCGACGGCGUCAACUUUGACACGUACGGGGAGGACUACGACGACCUGCGAGAGUUCCACGCGCUCCUCCCGAAGAUCAUGCGUCCGGGCGGUGUGUACACGUACUUUAACGGCCUGGCCCCGGACAACAUCUUCUUCCACACGGUGUACUGCAGGCUGGCGCAGGCGGAGCUCGCGAGCUUGGGUUUCGACACCAAGUUUGACGUCGUCGACAUUGACACGAGGGACCCGGAGAUUUGGCGCGGGGUGAAGCGGCGGUACUGGUGGGGAGACAAGUACUUCCUCCCCACCUGUACCCUCACGGGCGCGGCGGGCAGUGAGUGA